CGUGAUGAGGAUGAAGUUCAGUUACGUUUGGGUGAGUUGAGGCAACGAUGUGACCUCGCGCACUUAGAAGAUGACGGAACUGCGAAAAAGGUGGGUGGCGGGGUGCGAUCAAGCGGGACCUGCCAACCAGCGGGUUCUCCUCGCCAAUCGAUAGGCAGGCCGACUCCACUAUUCGGCGGCAGUAACUUCCGACCGCCUAAAUUAUUCGUUAUGAUUGCGGUUGAAGCAAUGGGGAAACGAGUGUCUCAGGGGCCUUCGCUCGGUAACGAGUCUCGCAAGCGCCAGAAAGUGGUGCACGAGGUUCCCACAUCUGAGGAAGUUCACUCGGCAAGACAGCUCAUUCAACUCCUCUAUUGCGACCAGGACCUCAGCAAAGCCAGACAUGGCCUUCAGUCUUUCAAGCUCCUGCUUGAUCACUUGACCCUCCCCGAAACGCCCGAAAACUCCCAGCACUGGGCAAUCCUCAGACAGUUUCUGGACGCAUCUGCCCCCAGAGAUGCGCAAGAUGCCGAUGCCGUCUUUGUCCCGGACAUCAUGGCCACAUGGGCUCUUGCGGCGCAGGCAGGAAACGAUGAGGUGCUGUCUUCAGUGGCUGUGGUUCUUGCGCUCCUCGUCAAGAUUCUCAGCCAAGUUCUGGAUCUGAGGUCGCACGGGCUUGGGAUUUGCAGAACCCUGCUGCAGAGGAAGCAGCUUGAACUCCUCGCCAAAAACUUGUCCGCAGAAAAGUCCAAAAGUUUUAUUAUCUCCCCAACGCUCCGCAUGAUCCGCGAAGCCGUGUCCUUUGACGGAGGGCUCCUGGCCAGCGCAUUCUUUCGCGCUAGGAAAUUCACAUACCACUCGUUUUCGAGAAACAUGCGCAUCAAGUUCCUCGGUGAUGGGGUUGAAGACCGCAAACGAUCUUCGACUAGGACCUGCGCCAUCCGCCUGUUGAUAAGCACGUUGAGGUUCCUGCCCUGGGAAGCAAAGAGAGAGCUACUGUACGAGCGAGAUCUCGCUGCAGCUCUCACCAGUUCGAUUAAAGAUGAUCCUCAUUAUUUGGUCUUAGAGGUUCUGGAUGGAUUGAAGAGCCACGUCCUGCUAGACAAGAAACUCCCGGCUGAGACCAAGGGUCGGCUGCUCAACUCCACUACGCUGCCGCGCUUCGCAUUGCUCUACUCCUACAGUCACUCUGAUUCAGCCCAGUCGCGACCAGUCGAUGAUGCAGUUCACGAUUUUUUGAUGGCUGCAUGCACAACCCCGGGUGCUGGAGUCCUCAGGUCGGAUUCUGGACUGUAUCCCAAGGGUAUAAACGUGAUCGCCAGUCAUAUGCGCGGUUCGACCUUUGAACGCAAUAUAGGCCUGGGCCGUAUCGUGUGGAUGGAUAAGUUCGCGGACGAAAUUCCUGUUCAUAACAGCACCCUUUCGGAAUUUGUCAGGACUCUUCGCCCCUGGACCAGCACAAAGCAGAGCGAACUCCUCGUGAGCAUCCUGAAAGCUGCCCCGGAACUAAUCGCAGAUUACUUUAUGAACAAGAAAGAUUUCUCGUUUGAGCCAAAACUGUCUGCAACUUGGAUAGGCUAUGCUGCGCUGAUGUACAGCACUAUGCAGUUGGAUCUACCACCGUUUUUCGGACAAAAGGACGAAUAUGCCUCAGUGCCACCACCGAUAUCUAUCAUCCUCGACAACAUUCUUCCAUUAACGCUAAACCAGAAGGUCCUCUGCAAAUGUUUAUCACACGACAUAAAGCUUAUCUCGUUCUUUGCCACUCGGAUCCUUGUGGUCGCUUUGCAAAAACUUGAAGUCGCGCUAAGGAUGAUGAAGGAAGCCUCGCUGGCCGCAGGUCCCGUGUGGUCUGAAGCAUCCCGAAGGCUUAUGGAAGAAUUCAUGCAGAGAUGUCCCAGCUUAAGCUAUGUCACCACGAACUUUCGGCGGAUUCCCGAGGAAGACUCCUUGUCGCGCGAGGCAGCCAGUCGCCUUUUGCGACUCUACUAUCACAUCGUUCCCCAAAUCGCCUUGGCAGCCAAGUUUGACGUUUCACCCCUACUGGUGAACGCCAUAAGAAGACUUGACAGCAAUAAAGAUUCGGAUCAAAACGAGACACUCUCGCUGAUGGAACUCGAAAACCUUGUCGUAAUAGCCAAGUCUUCGCCUGGAAUGCGGUGGUUCGCCAAAGCCGAGCAACUAUCAGUCUCUCCUUUUACUGCGUUAUUGAGGGUCUGUGUCAAUGCACCCGCGAAUGUUCCUCUUGGGCCGCUGGAGGAUGUCUUGACGUUUGUCGCAGAUGAGCACGAUAUUUUCCUGCCAGCAUCAGAAGGUUUUAGGCCUUGCCAUCUGUUGAUUGUUUUGAAAACCUUGAAUGAUCGAGUCGACCUAGUGACCGCCGAUGCGUUCUGGGCUUUCCUUGACAACUGCUUACAUCGCUGCUCUGCCUCACCAAUUCGAUAUCUGGAAUCGGUUCAGGAACUAGCCCCAAACACAAGGACUGGGCCCUUGACGGCCACCAUACACGAGCAAAUCCCAUUUACCGUUGCUUUGGAUUCAGCAACAGUUGGCAUAGUCAAAGAUUUCGUCAGCGUCUAUACCACCGUCGCACGCAUUCUCAAGGAGCAUAAGCAUUUGCUCAAGACUCUCCAGAAAGCCGUGGGCGCACGGUUUGAUGAUGCUCUCCUCGAUGAUUCAACCUUCAAAAAGACGCUGAAACAAGAAAAGCGCACUCACUUGUCGUCUCAUCACACCACCGCGGCCGAAACCAGGGAGCCGAGUUCCGGUACAGGUGGAGAUUCCGAGGGAGAGGGACUGAUGCGUUUGGUUAGCGGAUUGGAUCCUGCAGAGCCGGACAACUCAGCACUGGUCAAAUGGACGUCACAGAGUGUGGAUGACAUUGUGGAGGAAGGAUUCGCCACGGCGCUUAUUACGCUGUUGGUAUCUGAGCAUGUUAGCAUAAGGAAAGAGGCCCUCACAAACAUUUUGAAAAUGGCAGAGAAGGUCAAGCAAUCAACGUACGAGGAAAGAGAGCAGAUCUGGCUGCUCCUAGUCGAGUUGGCCGAAUCAUGCAGGGAGACCGUUGAUACGGGACCGGUCCCCGGACAUAUCGUCGCAUUUGCGUGCCGGGCACUGGACGUGCUCAAAAAUCCGUUGCAUUGUCUCUAUGACAAAGUCAACGUUUUCCUCACCCGCGGGCCUCAGUGGACGCUCGAUAGGUUUCCUCUCCUGUAUGAUGUACUCCAGGAAGCCCCAAGCCGAGAUGAUUCGUACUAUGCGGCGGUAGCAUGGCUUCUGGGCUAUCUGCUAGAAAGCCUUCGGACGCCCGCCGACCUUGCCCUCUUCCACAAACGGAGGGUAUACGAGCGCAUCUUGUCUCUAGCGAGCAAUUGUUACAUGCGCACACCGUUGCGCUCAGUCUUGUUGAAGAUCCUAUACCGUACUACAAGUUUAGAAGGGGGAAGCACCACACUGAUCACAAGGUUUGGGAUCAUAUCUUGGCUGGAAGCACAGCAGUCGAAGCGACCAUCAAAAGCCGAGUCUAAUAUGCUGAAGGCGCUGGAAAGAAGGCUCUGGGAGACAUGCGACCAGAGUCGUAUCGAUGAGUGGAGCAGGAAAGGCAUUGGAUUGACUAUUCAGCAAAGAUUUAAGACAAAGUCUGGUGCUGACGAUUGUCUGAGUCCAUUUGGUGCUUGGGUAAACUAA